AUGCCAUCCUACAAGAUAAUUGUAGUAACCUACGACGUCGAUAUGCCACUGGAUCGAGACGAGCUGAUGGAGCGCUGGGACUGGAGGCUCCUCAGUUUCUACCGACGCGUUCCCCUUAAGGAUGAUCCACGUCGUGCCGAGGCAGAACUAACAGGGUUGCUAGACAGUCUCGAUAGAGUCAUAGAUUCGGGAAUAGCUUUCUGUCGCCUCCACAGCAUACCCAUCAACGCUGAUGGCAUAAUGCACGCUUUGGAGCGUAUGCUCUCCGACAUCGAGCGCGAUGGCGCUGAGAUUGAUUACGACUCUGGCCCGGAGGAAAGCCAAGGCGAGGCCGAGGCCAGAAACGAGGAGCCUGAGGAGAGUUAG